AUGAACAGAUUAGAUAUCCCCAACCUAUCAACUCAAGAUCCCUACCGCGUGAUCUCCUUCCCAGCCUCGCAGUCCCUACACGCGUCCACCGCGUUUCCUGCCUCAGGCAGAAACGCUCUCCCGACGGGACUGUCGGCGCUCGACGAGGCCAUUUCCCCGGACGCGGGGCCAAAUUUCAAUGAGGGAGGAGAGGAGACGAAGGGAUUGCCGGUGGGGCAUGUUACGGAGGCUGAUGAGUAUGAGGUUGUUAGGAUGAAUGCUGCGGCGGGUGCGCUGAGGAAUGGGGAUGGGGUUGUUUGGAUCGAUACGGCAUCACCGCUUCCUAGACCUCGUUUGCGCAGGUUGCUUGACGGGCAAGCCCCAUCAUCAUCGGCGUCGUCGUCAUCUGACUCUCCAGUAAAGAAGCUAACAUACAUUCGUACCCCUACACUCCCGCACCUCUUAUCGCUCCUGCAUCACCCACCUCCAUCCUUCCCACCCCCUAACACCACCCUCCUCGUCAUAGACUCCAUUUCCGCUCCCUUUGCACCCUACUUCCCCAACCCAAGCGACACUAACCACCCCCAACAAACUCAAAAGGAGAACCAGAGAUGGCUCGCCGCGCGGAAAUGGAACGUGAUUAGCGAUCUUGCGACUCAGCUGGUCAAGUUCGCGAGUAAGGGCAAUCUUGCGGUUUUGGUGAUUAAUCAAAUGCAUACCAGGAUUCGAGGACAGGUCAGGGCGACAUUGUCGCCGGUGUUGAGUGGGAGGGGGUGGGAGGCGUGUGUUUUUGUUCGGGUUGGAGUUUAUGGGGAUUUUGGGUAUGAGGGGGAUAAGGAUCGGGGACUGGUGAGGGUGGCCGAGGUUAUGAAGAGGGCGGGGAGGGUGGUGAGUGUAAGGGAUGGUUCGGUGGUGGUGCCGUUUCGGGUUUCGGAGGAUGGGUUGUUUGCUGUUGAAAAUGGGGCGGAGGGUAAGUUGGGGGCUGCUCCUGUUGUUGUGCAGGCGCAGCAGGAGGAACAUGUGCAGGAGGAGCAAGUACAGGGUCAAGAGGAAGACCUAGUCCAGGAGGAAAACCUGAUCCAGAGGGAAGAGCUGAUUCAGGAAGAAGAGCUGAUUCAGGAGGAAGAGCUGAUUCAGGAAGAAGAGCUGGUGCAGGAAGAAGAGCUGGUGCAGGAAGAAGAGCUGGUGCAGGAAGAAGAGCCGGUGCAGGAAGAGUCGGUACAGGAAGUGCCAGUACAAGAGCCGGUACAAGAGCCAGUACAAGAGCACACAGAUGAGACUCAGGCACCAGAGGCACCAGAGGCACUGAACCAAGCUCAGGUUCAAAGUGAUGCAGGGACUGCAAGCCAACGAAAACGAAAGGCAGAGGAGAUCGCGGACAGUCAAGAUGAGGAUGAAUCAGAGGUGGAGCUUGGGUAG